AUGCCGCGUGAGACGUACGAGCGGGCGCCUUCACGCGCGGAUCCUGAUCCCGUUGUGCAGGAGCUCCCAGCCAUCCAUCCGUCAUUCAUCCAGGUGGCUAAGCCUUAUGUCUUUGAGCAGACGAUCCAAGACUGCAUUCAGGCGAUGGGUGUGGAUCCUAUGCGCGAAGAGAAUUUGCGCUUACAGGGUGUUUCGUGGAUUGACAACGUGCGCAAGGUGCUCCACCUUCCGGUUCGCACUUUUAACACAGCUGUGAUCUACUACCAUCGGUUCAGGCUAUCACAUCCGGAUAGCGAGUACAAUUUCAUGGAUGCUGCCGCUGCGGCUUUGUUCACCGCAUGCAAAAUCGAAGACACUCUGAAGAAGUCGAGGGACAUUGUUUGCGCGGCUUAUAAUUUGAAAUUACCGCCCUCAGAGCAUCUGUCGUCGGAUAGCCCGGUUUUUGAAACCAACGCACGAGGAAUCAUCGGACUCGAACGACUUAUGCUCGAGUCAUCGGGCUUCGAUUUCCGUACCCGCCACCCUCAGAAAACUCUAAUCAAACUUGCUCAAUCUUAUGGGUUAUCGAAAGAGACUGAAAUGACCGAUCUCUCCUAUCGCAUCUCGCUGGACCUCUACCGCACUUUUGCACCAGUCAAACAGACAACAGCUACAAUGGCCUUUAGUUGCCUGGAACUUGCAGGACGACUCCUGGAUAAGCGCCUCGACGCGGUGGAGUCAGGACGGGAUUACGAUCAAUGGGACACUAGCCGCCCCGAAGUCAUGGAAACCCUCUUUGAUAUCCUUGAGCUCUACACCCACCACCGUUCCUCCACGUCCGUAGGACCACAAUUUCCAGCAGGUCGCUUCCUGACCGUUCGCAUACCACUCAACCAAGAGGCUAGCGAAAAUCACAUUCCACGACACGCCAACUGGGAAGAGCGCCCCCGCCAGCCCAUGUAUCUUGGAAACCAAGCGAUCAACACACGCCCCAAGACUAAUGGUGAUCGGCACCGAACCUCUGACCGCGGCAAGGAUGCAGCCGUACGCUUCAUGCUUGAUCACGAUAUUGCGGAGAGUGAGAUGAGACAAGUCGCUGAAUACUUCCACGUUGAAAUGGAAGAACACGAGGUGGAUGCUUGA